AUGACAAGAAUUCCGAAUUAUGCUUUAGAAUUAAUCAGAAUUUUUAAGAUAGGAAUUGAUAUAAUCAAAUAUAUGAAAGAAUAAAUUGUAAAAUCUAAAACUUAAUAUUUAAAGAUACUGAUUAUAGUUAUAAUAAUUUGAAGAAGCAUUCCUAUUUUAGAGGAAUAGAUUUUAAUAAUAUAUGGUUUCAAGAUGUUCCAUAACCAAUUGUUUAUAUAUAAAAAGAAGAUUAAGUAGAUAUCAGAUAAUUAUGCUUAAUAGAUAGAAGGAGAGAGAAAAACCAGAGAUUAGAUGGAAUUCAGUAGCUAAAUGUAGAUAAGGAACAUAAUGUACUUUUUUUUAUCACUUAAUUUUCCAUCGCCUAUGCAAAUAUCAAGAUAUAAGGUGGUAUCCUUUAUUUAAAUUAUAUAUAUCCAUAAUUAAAUAAUAAAAUAGUUUUUAAUUCCAUUUAUAUUUAGACAUUUAGACAAUAAUUCCAUUAAAUUAAUUUACUUCUUUUAAAUUGUUAAGUAAAGAUAAAUUCAUUUUAGGGAUCUUAAAGUAAAUGUUUAGCAAUGAGUUAAUACUAUGAAUAAAUGAAUCAAUUCUAAUGA